UGUGUCUUGACUGUUACUAAAUAGAAUCUUAAUUCCCUUACAAAGCCACUAUCGGUUCUGGUUGGAAAGCUGUGCCCGCAAGUCAAGCUAUGUACGCGUUACGUUCCCAAUAUUACCCCCCACAGGGUGGCUUGCCACUGAUGGACGAGGAUGCUCUUCCUCGAACUUUCAUCCACAGCAUCUACAAAUUCGGCUAUUGUACCCCUGAUGUAUUACAAAAAGUGUUUCUUCGUAAAACUAGCAACGUCACCUUGUCGGAUUUUCAAUCGACGCAAGCUCCUUAUUUAUAUUUAUUAGAGGACGAAGGUACCCAAAGAUUCAGACUCCAGUGCAUCGUGAUGAAGAUCUUUGUGCCCCGAAAGCACCUGUUCCGUAGGAGUCGUCUGCCCAUGUACUACUGUCAAGGAGAAUUAUUCCUCGUCUAUAAACUAACGUUCCAAAGAGUUGAACUGCACGAGUUUUAUUUCAGAACACUUAUUAACAUGCCGUCGAAUUUCUUUUUUGAAUUUUAUCAUGCGCCACCUUUGUAGAGAACUAAACUUUUUUUUGACGUUUUAAGACACUAAAAACAAAGUGUUUUUACUUUUUUUUUAACUGAACAUUCAUUUUUUUACAACUCAAAGUCUCAUAACUUUUCAUAACGGUUAUUAUAUGGUUACAUAUAAUAUAUGAUAUGGAGUGAUGUGAUUCUGUUA